AUGGCUUCCGGCACAGGGGCAGGCACAGGGACGCCGCACACAGUGCGAUGGGGCAUCAUGGCCACCGGCUUGAUCGCCGAAGUCUUUUGCCGAGAUCUCCUCACCGAUCCGCUCUCGCGAAAUGUCCAUGACGUCCGCCACACCAUCGUCGCCGUCUCGUCCUCGACCUCGGUCGACAAGGCGGCGAGCUUCAUCGAGAAGAUUGACGGUCCCGCCUCGGCCAAGCUCUACGGGUCCUACGCCGACCUCGUGGCCGACGCCGACGUCGACAUCGUCUACGUCGCCACCCCCCACAGCCACCACUUUCAGAACGCGAUGCUCGCCCUCGAGGCGGGCAAGAACGUGCUCUGCGAAAAGGCCCUCACCGUGACGGCCGCCCAGGCGAGGAAGCUCGUCGAGACGGCCGAGGCGCGCAACCUCUUCCUCAUGGAGGCCGUCUGGACCCGCUUCUUCCCUCUCAGCAUCAAGAUUCGGGAGCUCAUCGCCUCGGGCGAGAUCGGCACCGUCUACCGAACCAUGGCCGACCUGUCGUUUAACGAAAACAACGAGGCCGACGACGGCACCGUCACCUUUGCCGACGAGCAUCGCAUGGUCAACAAAGACCUCGCCGGGGGUGCCCUCCUCGACCUCGGCGUCUACCCCCUCACCUGGGUCUUCCAGACGCUCUAUCACCUUCAGCCCGAGGAGGAGAAGGAGCCGCCGACGGUCGUGGCCGCCGUCAACCGGUACAGGACGGGCGCCGACGAGACGACGACCGUCCUCUGCCAGUUCCCCCGCCACCGGAGCAUGGGCGUCGCGACGACGUCGGUGCUCGUCGGCACCGACCCCGGCGGGAACGCGGCCGCGCCCGCCAUCCGCAUCCAGGCUUCCAAGGGCGAGAUCCAGGUCGCCCACCCGGCCUUUCAGCCCACCGAGUUCCGCGUCAUCAAGAAGGGCGGCGGCGUCGACGUCGUCGCCUGCCCGAUCCCCAAGGAUCCCAAGCGAAACUGGGGGCACGGCAUGUUCUGGGAGGCCGACGAGUGCGCGCGCUGCUUGCGGGACGGGAGGAAGCAGAGCGAUUCGAUGCCGUGGGCCGAGAGCAUCGUCAUCAUGGAGACGAUGGAGUCGGCGCUGGAUCAGGGAGGCGUCGUCUACCCGGACCACAUCACCACCGACGUCUACGACGCCAAGAGCCCGCUCAACACGGGCCGCCGGGAGGGUGCUGCCGCCGUGUGA